AUGAUCUCGAGAUCCUUAAAGUUUUUCCUGCCUUUUUUGGUUCUGGCGGUGGUUAUUACAAGUGCUUAUGCUAAAAAGGAUUUAAGGUUACGUCAAAGGAAAGUGCUUUCCAAGGAUCUAGCUGAAGGAUGUCCCGUUGGAGGUCCUAGUGGAAUUUACAAAAUAAAACCCCUGGGAUUGAAGUCCUUCAAAGUUCCCUGCUCCGUGGAGGGUUGGAUGACUAUCCAAAAACGCUUCGACGGUUCCGAGAACUUUGAUCGAUCGUGGCAGGACUAUAAGGAUGGAUUCGGAAAUUUAUUAGGGGAGUUCUUCAUCGGACUGGAGAAACUUCACUUGAUGACCAAGUCACGACCUCACGAGCUAUACAUUAAACUCGGGAUGGUCAAUGGAUCCACCAGCUAUGCUCUCUACGAUCAUUUCGAAAUUGGCAACGAGACGGAAUCGUAUGUGCUGAAAUCACUGGGAGCAUAUAGUGGAACAGCUGGAGACUCCCUGAGCUACCAUCUGAACCAAAAGUUCACCACCAUUGAUAGGGAUAAUGACAAUCACAAGGAUAAUUGCGCUCAAUAUAGUUCUGGCGGUUGGUGGUACAAAGCUUGUUCUGUCAGCACGCUUAAUGGAAAAUUCCAUAAAGACGGUCGAAUUAAAAGUGAAAGAAAUGGUCACUUGUAUCUCAAUGGAAUUUAUUGGACUUCCUGGCAACAAUUUGAUUAUUGGAUCUCACUUACCUCUGUUAAAAUGAUGAUUAGACCCAAAUUUUAG